AGAAAUCAGAGCCACUGCUGCCACUGCCAGCGCUUACCAAGCUCAACUGAAGCUAUUCCACUUUUUUGCAGCAAGGACUUUCUGGCGGCAUGAUUGGCAUUUUCUGUUAGCAUCUCUUUUCGUCACUCAUUCAGAAGUACAUCGCGACCAUGUAUCGUACAGCGCUGCGAUCGGCGCCACGCGGAGCCAAUGCUCUCAAACAGGCUGCCGUCAAGACGACAGUACCCCGACGAUUUGCGUCGACAUCGCCAGUAGACAAGAAGAAGAGGAGUUGGAAGGGAUCGGCAGUCAGAUGGGGUCUCGCGGUUGGAGCUGUAUAUUGGUACAACACAAGCCCCGUGUUUGUGGAAGAAGCACUGCCUACUCAUGUGCUCCCGCCGCCUCAGUUCUCCGAUGAUGACCUCCCGACGGUAGAAGCAGUGGUCGCGCAGAAACGUAAGGAGGCAGAGGCAAGAUUAGCAAAAGCCACACCCAAGGACGAAGCCGCAGCACCAGCUGCGCCCGCUGCCGAAGCGAAAUCAGAUGUUCCGGACAACGACGCGGAAGCUAGUGCACCUCCUGGCGAAGCGCUCAGUGGACCUGAGGCCUUGGAAGCCGAGGCCAAUCAGCAGGGAGCGUUCAACCCCGAGACUGGCGAGAUCAACUGGGACUGCCCGUGUCUGGGAGGUAUGGCUGACGGGCCUUGUGGAGAGGAGUUCAAGGCUGCUUUCAGCUGCUUCGUUUACUCCAAGGAGGAGCCCAAGGGAAUGGAUUGCAUCGAUAAGUUCCAGUGCGCAUAUGCAAGAUUGCUUCCGACUGCACCCGGAGGUGUAUGGGGAUGAGCUCGCAGAUGAGCUUGCUGAUGCCGACGAGGAAGCCCCGGCUGGUGAGGGUGCAUCGGAGACAGAAAACACACUCGCAAAAACAUCCCCCGAAGCUGGCGUCAAUGCUCCUGCAGCCAGUACGGUCGAUGCUAAGUCGGAUGUACAAGCCACCCCUUCGGAUGCGCAGCCUUCCGCACUCGCUCCCACGGCAAA